AUGCCGCCUUUACAAAAUCCAACUCUUAGCCUCAGAGAGCGCGCAGCUGACGCCCGGAGGGAAGCGCACUCCCGCGCCGCCGGCACUUCCGCGCUCCCGUCCGCGCGCACUCCGCGCCCUCCCGCCUUGCACGCGCACACGCACCCGCGCACUCCGCGCUCCCCAGUCCGCACGCGGUCUCCUCAGCCUCCUUGGGCUGGGCCGGUGUGUAAAUCUCUGGAGCAGAAGCGGAUGUGCAUUUCACUCUGCCCACGGGCAGGGGCCUGUGAAAUGCCUAAGGACCCCCUGAAGGCCAUUCUGUUAGAGUUGGAAUGUCACUUUACAUGGAAUUUACUUAAGGAAGACAUUCUGUUUGAUGUGGAAAAUACAAUCGGGCAGCAGCUUGAGUUUCUUACCACAGAAUCCAGACUCACUCUUUACAACCUAUUGGCCUAUGUGAAACACCUAAAAGGGCAAAAUGAAGAUGCCCUGGCGUGCUUGGAACAAGCAGAAGACAUAACCUGGAGAGAACACCCGGACAAAGAAGAAAUACGGCGUCUGGUCACUUGGGGAAACUAUGCCUGGGUGUACUAUCACAUGGACCAGCUUAAGGAGGCACAGAGGCAUGUAGACAAGAUAGGGGCUGUCUGCAAGAAACGGUCCAGUCCUUCUGACUACAAGUUGGAGAGUCCUGAGAUUGAAUGUGAAAAAGGGUGGGCAUUCUUGAAAUUUGGGGGAAAGUAUUACCAGAAGGCUAAAGCGGCUUUUGAGAAGGCUCUGGAAGCGGAACCUGACAAUCCAGAAUUCAGCAUUGGCUACGCCAUCACGGUGUAUCGGCUGGAUGACGGUAACAGAGGAGGGCCUGCAAGGAGCUUGUCUCUGGGCCCGCUGAGGAAGGCUGUCACCCUGAACCCAGAUAAUGCCUACAUGAAGGUUUUACUGGCGCUGAAGCUUCAAGAUGUACAUGCAGAAGCUGAAGGGGAAAGGCACAUUGAAGAAAUCCUGGACCAGAUAGCUUCCCAACCUUACGUCCUUCGUUAUGCAGCCAAAUUCUACAGGAGAAAAAAAUCCUUGGACGAAGCUCUUGGACUUUUGAAAAAGGGCUUGAAGGCGACGCCCACGUCCUCGUUCCUGCAUCACCAGAUGGGACUCUGCUAUAGGGCACAAAUGAUCCAGAUCAAGAAGGACACGUGCAACAGGCCUAAAGGGGAGGAUAAACUGAGAGUCGACAGGCUUAUUGCGAUGGCUCUCUCUCAUUUCAAAGCAGCUGUGGAACGAGACUCCACAUUUGCGUUUGCCUACACGGACCUGGCCAACAUGUACGCUGAGGGAGGCCAGUAUAGCAAGGCUGAAGACGUUUUCCAGAAAGCCCUUCACCUGGAGAACAUAACUGAUGAUCACAGACAUCAGAUCCACUAUUACUAUGGCCGCUUUCAAGAAUUUCACUGUAAAUCAGAAAGUACUGCCAUCCACCAGUAUGUAGAGGCCUUGAAGCUUAGAGACCGGUCACUCCUCCGGACCAAACUAACAAGUGCUCUGAAGAAAUUGGCUGUCAAGAGACUUAGUCACGAUGCUUCAGAUGUGCAGAGUUUAUGUGCCCUGGGGUUUGUUUACAAGCUGGAGGGAGAAAAGAGGCAAGCUGCUGAGUUCUAUGCUCGGGCCCAGGGGGUAGACCCAGAAAAUGCAGAGUCCCUUGCUGCUCUCUGUGAGCUCAGACUUUGUAUUUAA